AUGGCCUUCCCAGACCACAACGAGGCCGAGGGCCAUGCCCAAUAUGAGCACUUCAAUGAUUGGGCAUGUCACAGAUGCUUCAAGAAGAUCUCGGCUAGUCGUCCUCCGGUCUUCAACGCAGACAAUUGCAGCUGUGACGAAGUGGCACUUUUCCAUGCUGGCAGCGCCGGUUACUAUUCUGAGCCAGUGACCUACGAAUACCCAUCAUACAAUGUUGAAACCACAACCCCUUAUCACAACCAAGCCCAAUCCGUGGCUUCUUCCUCAGACUCAGUCCCGUGCCCAGAAGGCCCAGAGCGCGAGAAUCCCGACCUGAAAGUCGGAAACGCCUACCUGCCCUUGUUGGAAGCCCAAUCAGGAUUGAACGAGAGACAACACCAACGCACGGCAUCCUUUCACUCUGACCUCUCCUACCCACUCCAGCGGUUCCUCGGAGAAAUGAAGACCUACUCACCAGCCACCUACGAUACCGAGCAUCUCGACCGCAAGUCCAACUCCAACUUUCUUUCCCAGGAGAUCCACCUCCAAUCUUCCAAGAAAGCAAAGAAGGGGAGCCCACACAGCAAGCUGAGUUGGAUGAGUGAAAGCUCCGGAAGUAAUGACGCCAGCGUCUCAAGCUGGGGUAUGGAUGCACUUACUGGAGCAGGGAUGUGGGAUGAUCGAAGUGGGUAUGGGAAAACGGAAAAUGGAGGGUAUGGGUACGCGAUGCAUUUGAGUGGUAUGACUGAGAGCGCUGUGUUUGAUGAUGAUGAGAAGAUGAUUUGAUGAUGUGAAUAUACGAUUAUACUGGGAUAAGAGGUUUUUAUGGUUGGAGUUUUAGGUCUUCUCUUCAUUUGUUGCUUUGUCCUCUGUGAUUUUGGGACUCUGGCUCGAGUUUGGUUGUAUAAGAUACCCGUCGUUACUCUAGACGAUUGUUGUUAUUUCUGUUGGGUAGUUGUCCAUGCUUGGCUCUCUUUCUUUGGCUGCUCUUCUUUCUAUGUAUCAUAUCUGUUUUGAAACUUUGCUUGGGAGGCUUCUUCUUGGGGCGGCUUGUUCUUGGGUGGCUUUCUCGGUUGCUGUUUUGGGUUUCUUAUGGCCAUCAGGCUUGUACUCGUAUGUGCGAUUAUCCUGUACGAGUUUAGGAACGCUUCAUGUCAGAUUUAUGAAAACUUUUCGAAUGAU